AUGUCCGACGCUGCCAGGCAAUCUUUCACCGACAAGGCCGGAGCCGCCUUGAAGCCCGACUCUGAGAAGUCUUACGUCGAGCAGGCUGGUGACACCAUCAAGGGCAAGGCUGACUCUGCCGCCUCUACCGGCCAGCCCCAAUCCCAGAAGUCUUAUGGCCAGGAGAUUGGUGACGCCGUCUCUGGUAACAAGAACGACAACCAGUCUUCUAUCGCCGACAAGGCCAAGGACCUCUUCAACCAAUAA